AGGAGAGUCGAGCGCGGCGGGGAGGAACGCCGGGCUUGGCUGGGACAGGAAAGAAAGAGGAAAGGAGCGGCGCCUCUUUGGAGAGCCACCACCCCAGGGUGCGCGUGCCUCCUCGCUCCAAGCGCCCGUCCAGGCGGCGCCUGCGGCUCCCUCCUUCCCUUCGCGGCUCCCGCGCGCCUUCUUUGGGAUGAUGGGCGUCUAGGCGAGGCGCAGCCAUGGCCAUCAACACGGAGGCGCCGCUGGCGAAGGCGCUGGAGGGCUCCCCUCCGCCCGCGGACUCCCAGGAGACGGAGAAGCUGCUGAUCACCGUCGGGCAAGCCCCCAAGGCCUUCUCUGCCGGCGGCGGGGACGACGGAGCGCCGGCCGGGGGCGAGGCAGAGAGGAAUGGCCACCACAGCCCGCCUUACCGAUCCGGCUCGGAGGGGAAGCUAGAGGAUACGUCGCUUUCACCGUCGAGGCUUAGCUUGGGGCGCGUCUCCUCCACGGCCACCACCUCCAACUUGCACGAGCCGGGCCGCUCGCGGGACUACCUGCCGCUUGCCGUCUUCUCUUGCUUCUGCCCCAUCUGGCCCCUCAACAUCCUGGCUUUGGUCUUCUCUAUCAUGUCUAGGAACAGCAACCAGCAAGGGGAUGUGGAUGGCGCACGGCGGCUGGGGCGCGUGGCCAGGUUCCUCAGCAUUGCCUCCAUUAUACUGGGGUCCCUCAUCAUCAUAAUCUGCACAAUGAACUUCACAGGUUAUCUGAAAUCAAAUUAGCAUGAGCCAAGCCUGCGAAAAAGGAGGUGGUCUUUGACCUACAAGAAUUUUUUUUUUUAGGAGUAGGGGGCGCCUCUGAUUUCUGAAAAGCAGAGACUUUUCAGCGGGAGAGUCCCCCGCCCUGACCCUGGACAAGAUCAGCAUGCUCAUCUUCACCCUUAGCCUUUUGGAGCACAACAUUCGUAUUUCUUGGAGGGGGUGGGGAUGAAUGUGCAAUCCUGAGAACGGGACCGGCAGCACGCCAGGAAAUCUCUUUUCCUGCCCGACGUCGGAACUCUACCUCGCCAUUUGCCGCCCACGAAGACGUGAGUGGGACAGAGGAAAAUCGAGAGUACCAUCCGGAUGAGGCUCGUUGCUUCCAAAGUGAACUCUUGGGCAGAAGAAUCCUUGUCCCCCUGCCUCCCCACACUGGCACCAGUUAACUGGGUUUUGUACAGCUGGGUGGUUUGCUUCUCUAUUGGGGGCGGGGUGGAGAAACCACUCCUGUAUACCCGGCGAAAGAAGAAGGGAAAUCUGAGCAAGCCGGACACUGGCCUGACAGUUUCGAGUAUGCUUUCUUCUGCACAGGGCUGAUUCUGAAGCGUAGCAACAGGAACAAACAAAAAGUCUGGCCACCAAAAGGGAGGGGAGUUGUGUGGGAGAGUUUUGUAUUUUUUUUAAAUGACCAUUUGCACGCUUUUGUAGAAAUAGCCUCCGAGGGAAAAUCCAGGCCCCGUCAGUUGGGAAGGGCCACAGUCCAUUGGUAGAGCCUCUGCUUUGCAGGUUCAAUCCCUGGCAGCAUCUCUGGGGAGGGUUGGGAAAGAUCCCCCCCAUCUGGAACCCUGGAGAGCUGCUGCCAAUCAGUGCAAAGGCAAUACUCAUCUAGAUGGAUCCAACGGCUUGACAGUAUAAGGCACUUUUCUGUGUUCCUGUAUCAGCCAGCCCUUUAUUCAGAUUCAUGGGGACUGGAACCUUGCUUUAUUUUUUAGGGGAUGGGCUGUGACACAGAGAUAUAGCACCUGUUUUGCCUACAGAAAGUCCCAGUGUCCAUCCCUGGCAAUUCCAGGUUAGGGCUAGGCGAGUUCUCUGCUUGAAACUUGUGACGCAAGGGCGUUUCAUCCCAGGAGUGAGGUAAAAGAGCUGCUUUUGUGUCUCCCAACAGCCGGAUCCAGUGCCCGUCAGACUCUACAGGAAGAGAGACUAGUUCACGGGUCUCCCUAAAAAUAUCUAUGUAAAAAAACACAGAACGAGCAGAUUGGAAGCAGGCAAAGAGUUCUAGACUUUCAAGGCGGCAUUGGCUCCCCAAAAGCAAACAGCAUUUCCUUGGAGACCCCAAACCAGACAGCUGGCUGUUAAAAACUCUAAGCCUUCUGUCUCUUUGGCUGGCCAUAACCAAAACUGCCAAAGCUUUUCUCUUUUGCCUCACCCUGCAGCGGAGGCAGAUCGGAAUGCCUGCAGCUAGUAGCCACCAGACUUCAAAAGCCGUUGUUUGAGCACUUUGCAACUGAUUCCAUCCAGGGCCAAUUGUUAGAAUAUCCAGAUAUUUGUUGAUUAAAUUGACUUAGCAAAGGGGUCAGAUGGUUCCAGCAUCAGGGUCCAGGUCCUGUACAAGAAAACACGGGAGACAGCAACAGUCACACCGCCGUCCCAAGGGGAGAGACAGAAAAAAACUGACAGCCAAACUGCCAUUAUUUUCUAACAUCUACAGAUUCUAUAUAGAUGUUUGGAAUUUCCCAGGUUGUAUCUUUGUUUCUGGAGGAAAAUGUUUCUGUCUUCCAUUUC